AUGCAAUAUAUAUAUGAGCUGAAGUUCGGACAUGGCAUGCUUAGAGUCGAUAUGCCAGAUAUACUAUCGAGCAAUCUCAGGUUCACAGGUGGUCUGAAGCAGACCGGCCGAGAUAGCAAAGCUGGUACAGCUGGAGCUGGAGCUACCGACCCGACAAGGGCUGGCGGUGCUACAAGAGAGUCAGCUCAGGGUAUGGGACAUGGAGUCAAGUCUGCAGCAGCGGGUAUUCGUGGAAUGGGUGAGAAAAUCCGUGGUAAGGCGGGUGCUGUCGUUGACCGGGCAAUGCACGACCCAGAAGGUGUUGCAGAGAAUCAACAUACCAUGAGACAAGGUGAAAGAGAAAUGCAUGGUGGAGAUUUAAGCCAUAGUACAAGGGAAAGGGAAGGGUUACCACACAGCGAGCGAGAGGUACACUCACACGGAAAUGAAAGGGAAGGGCUACCGCACAGCGAACGAGACGUGAAUACGCACGGAGGUGCAGGAAACGAUCCCCAUGUCCAAUUGUUUUCUAUGGGUAUUUUGCUUUCGGGCUCAUGUUUUCGUCAAUUUUUGAUGUUUAAUCAAAUUGGAUUCAAGUACAUGUCUGUUUUAUGUUCUGGAAAGGAAAUUGCAAGCUGCCAGCGACUGAAAGUUCUAUCUUUAACAGCCAGUUUCGGGGAAUACCUAAUAUUGACUGUAUUUGUUAGUAAGCUAAACAUAACUUCUGUAUCUAGCACCAGUCUACCUACACAGGCCCCAUUAAUUCUAUACUUUCUUCCGCGUAAUAAACGUGUUGCACGUUGUAGGUUCCAUGUACCAAGCAUACACUGCUGA